UACGAUUCGGUUUGAUUACCUUUUCUUACUGUGCAAUGUUCCAGGGCCCUUUGAAAAUGUAUUUCUUAGGGGAUGAGCCGUGAUCAGCUGACCAACGCAAGACUAUCUUGGGAAACAAUUACCAUUUUGGCUCAAAGCCCUGUUUUACAUUAGGAAAGACGGGCUAUGAGAGUCAAAAUGGCGUAACAGCGCCACAGUUUCAAACCUUUAGCUCGAACGCGGCUGUGUUCUAAUAUCCUUGAGAUUAUUUCCUCAAUGACAUGGUUUACAAGGAUAGAGUCAAAACUAUUUCUUUGCAUAGCAGCUUAGUCAAAUUAUUUACUCAAUUUUUACCCGGUAAAUUGAUUGAGAAUACAUUCUCAUUUACACCAACAACCUGGGGGAUGAAUGAGACUAUUGUAAAUGAUUAGGUAGCCAUGAUGUUAUGAAGGCCAGGACACCGGGGUAAACACCCCUACUCUUGCGAUAAAUGCUCAUAAUCAGGGCAGUGUUGCCAACUCCUCAGUAAGGAAAGUAGCUAUUGGCUGUCCUAAAAGUCGCUUAAUGACGAUAUCGCCUAACUUGCAUAAUUGGCCAUGUGCAUGUAAUUGUGAUGGACGCUGUAGGACAGAGGAAUGACAGAAAGUGAGUAACAAAACACCCUAAAUAUGUUUAAAACUACAAAUGAACCUUCUUUUGUUGAUUCUUGUUUUUUUUUUAUGUCACAAUUCCAACCCUCCUCCUUUAUCCGGGCUUGGGACUGGCAAAAGUGACCCAAAAGAGACACUCUGGCGGAGUUAUAUCGUUUUUGUUUUGUUUGUUUCUUUAGUUUCGUUUUUUACAUUUACAUCCCGCCCUGAAUGUAAAGCCAGGGAGGGACCAGCCAGCGGUGGCUUUCAGCAUGUACGAUUAAUUUGCCGAUUAAUUUGCAGUCUGGACAAGGAGGGGCGAACGUCUCCUGCUCUGACUGCAGGUGGGAGGGACUGCUGCGCACAACAUAAGGACUGGGCCGCCUAGGAAAGGGUACUUCCUACUGGCCCUCGAACACCACUUCCAGCCGCACCUGGUUUCCUGUCCAGGGACCGACCAGGACCAACCCUGGGGGAUAUGCUGCUGGCAUAGCCUUAUUGAUAUACAAUCACUAAGCCUAUUUUUACUGUGAUCGGCCUACAUUGGAAAAAUACACUUCGGAGACCUAUUAGUCUAAUAAAGUGCCCAGCAAAAAUUGUAAAAUUGGCCUAGCUAUGACAGGCUAUUUGAUCAGCAAAAUGCAUAUCUAUAGUCGUGUGUGUGCUCGUGUAGUACGCUAGCAUCUAUAAGGAUUUCCAUUAGUGGUCUAAAAUUACUGUGUCCCAUGAUACAAAUUACGGAGAGAACAGAUCCACAGAGCAGAACGCACUCAUGUUAUGAUGCAUCACACGGCGUGAAUCCAAAGAAUGUAUUUUGUAAUCACAACAUACGGACACGGGAUUCCUAUCUCGAGUUGGAAUGAGGACCGUGCUUUUUUCUGUUGGGACUUUCAUCAGUCUGAUUCUCCAAGUGGGUAUGAAGCACCAGAGGACGAAUGGUGAAUAUUGCCAUGGUUGGAAGGACGCGCAAUCUACCUGGCGAGAGGGUUUCCACUGUCCCGAGCGCAAUGAUCAAAGAGAAGCGGUGAUCUGCUGCGGAGCUUGUGGGCUGCGCUACUGUUGCGCACUCAUGAGAGCAAGACUGGAUCAGGGAAACUGCAACAACCACGAGCAAGUUCAACAGCCUGGCACUUCUGAUGACAAGAAAGUUGCCAAGAGCGCAGUACCUGUCUAUGUUCCCUUUGUGAUUGUGGGCUCUUUGUUUCUGGCCUUUAUCUUUCUGGGCUCCAUGGUGGCCAUGGGUGUCUGUCUGAGUCGUAAACAGGAGAUCUCCCAAAGCCCAGGAGGUGCUGCUGGUCCCCAGGGUGGGAGUGGAGAGCAGCAGCAGGAGGCUGUACCCAUGACAGGGACGUCCUGUGGUUCCACCUCAUCUCUCUACCCUCCCAAUGCCAGCCAAGCCUGUCCAACUGGAUCCUCAUGUGUCCACCAAACCUUACAGAGGCAGGAAACUCCCACCAGCCUACAACCCUCCAUGGCUCAACCUUCUACCAUGCACCCCUCCAUGGUGUUUUCCACCCUGGUUCACCCCUCCAUGCUUCACCAUUCCAUAAUGCAUCCUUAUAUGGCUCAAAUGCCUACUCUGUAUACCUCACAAGAGGAAUGCCGUCUUCUAUCAUCUCCCUGCCCCCCAUCUGGCUAUACCAGUACUAAACCCAGACACACUGAAGUGAUCAUAUAAUUUGUGGCUUUGACUUUUACAGACUCCAGUGGGGAGUAUUUGGGUAUUCAAAUAUGAAAAUAUUAAUAAGCCUAGAAAAUGGAAAGUAAAUCUGAGUCAGCCAAAUGAAUACAAAUAUUGAAGAGAAUAAUUGCAAUUGGUCAAUGACCAAUAAUUCAAGCUUUCACGUUUUAUUUUGACUUAAACUGUAUGGUAUUUAUUUGUAAACAUGCUGUAUAUGUGCUACUUUAAAAAAACAUCACAAAUUGCUGACCUAUUUCGGCUGUUUUGUCCAUAAUAGAGUUAUAUUACUGUUAAGUAUUUCUGAUGCAGCUGUCAAACUCUGUACAUAAACCCAUCACAUGA